AUGGCUGCAUCAGAACCUCAGGUUGGAAACUGUGAUGACAUGGUAAAAAUGGUUGAGGACCUGAAUAGGGACUUAGAAAAACUUCUAGACGAGGUGGAAAAACUAACAGUGCAGACAAUCUCGAUGACACAUGACAUGGUAGUCCUGUGUUCCAACCCGGACCUGGCCAACUCCAUUAGUCAUUUGACAGAUGUCUUCCAGAGCUGCAAAGAAGAGAUAGAGAAGAAGUGGCAAGACAUGCCAAUGGAAUUUAAAGAUGAAGAGUAA